UUUAGUAAGAUACAACGGUGGUGGUGUAUAACUCUCUACGUUGUUGUCUCCCAAGACUUUGGUCUGUCUCAUUCUCAUUCUCUCUUUUUUGCCAUUGUCUAUAUAAAGCUCACACAAUUCGAGAGAGAGGAGACCAACGAAACUAACCAGACAGUUGGAUUCUAAAAUCUGUCGGGAAAUGGAGAAUACUAUCGACCAAGAAUUCAGCAAUUACUGGGAACCCAGCUCUUUCCUCCAGAACGAAGAGUUUGAAUACGACAGCUGGCCGUUGGAGGAAGCGAUUUCUGGGUCGUAUGAUUCGAGUUCGCCGGACGGGGCGGCUUCGUCGCCGGCUUCUAAGAAUAUUGUGUCGGAGAGAAACAGAAGACAGAAACUUAACCAGAGACUCUUUGCUCUUCGAUCAGUUGUUCCCAAUAUAACCAAGAUGGAUAAAGCAUCAAUAAUCAAAGAUGCUAUCAGUUACAUACAAGGGUUACAAUAUGAAGAAGGGAAGCUCGAAGCUGAGAUCAGAGAACUUGAAUCUACACCAAAGAGUAGCUUGAGUUUCAGCAAAGAUUUUGAUCGUGAUUUACUUGUUCCUGUCACAUCCAAGAAGAUGAAGCAGCUUGAUUCUAGUUCUUCCACUUCUCUCAUCGAGGUUCUCGAAUUGAAGGUAACAUUCAUGGGAGAGAGGACAAUGGUGGUGAGUAUAACAUGUAAUAAGAGGACAGACACAAUGGUGAAACUGUGUGAAGUCUUUGAGUCAUUAAAUCUCAAAAUCCUCACUUCCAAUCUCACCUCUUUCUCUGGCAUGAUCUUCCACACUGUCUUUAUUGAGGCGGAUGAAGAAGAACAAGAGGUACUACGGUUAAAAAUAGAAACAGGAAUAGGAGCUUACAAUGAAACUCAAAGCCCCACUUUUAGUAUCGACUCUCUUUACUAAUACUUUUGUUUGUUUGUUUGUUUGUUCUUUUAGUUUCUCUCUUUACCAUCAAUAAUAUAUGUCUCUUCUCAUUUUCUUCUCCUUAGUUUUCUUUUGCCAUCACGAAGACUUCUUUUGUCUUUUAUAUAAUGUCUAUAAUAAACCGUACCCAUUGUCAAUA